UCGCCCUCUCUGCUUCCUUAUCCCUUUUCCCACUCCUAAAACCCUCCCUUCCUCUUCAUUUCUAUCGCUACAACAAUGUCUUCUUCAAUACUAACCUCGAGCUUCAAGCCCCUUCCAAUAGCUGAUUCUUCUUCCUCCUCUACCCUUCUCUCCCUCCCUUCCAUCUUCGCCAGACCCAGAUACUCGAAUUUCUCAAUCCCCGCCAGACCCGUCAAACUUCACCUCCCUCUCUCCCACCCUUCGCUCUCUCUUAGCCACAAAACCCACCCUAAAAGCAUCUCUCGUCUCGUUUCCUUCGUCGCUCAGACUUCGGAUUGGGCUCAGCAAGACGAGGAAGAAGGAGAGGACGGGAACAUCAUCGGCGCCUCCGUUGCCGUGGAGGAGAACGAGGCCGAGGCGAAGUUCUGGGAUGGGGAAGGGGAUGCGAGUGGGGCUGAAGAAGACGGCGGCGGUGUAACGGAGGAGGAAGAAGAAGGCGGCGGAGAGACAGAGGAGGAGUUCCCGGAGCCGCCGGAGGAGGCGAAGCUGUUCGUUGGGAACUUGCCGUAUGACGUCGACAGCCAGGGCUUGGCUAUGCUCUUCGAGCAAGCUGGUACUGUGGAGAUUGCUGAGGUUAUAUACAAUAGAGACACGGACCAGAGCCGCGGGUUUGGUUUUGUAACCAUGAGUACCGUGGAAGAGGCCGAGAAAGCUGUGGAGAAGUUCCAUCGUUAUGAAUUGAAUGGUCGGCUUCUGACAGUAAACAAGGCAGCUCCGAGAGGAUCACGUCCUGAGCGUGCACCUCAGGUGUAUGAACCUGCAUUCAGGGUCUAUGUCGGGAAUCUCCCCUGGGACGUGGACAAUGCCCGUCUAGAACAAGUUUUCAGUGAGCACGGUAAAGUUGUGGAAGCUCGCGUGGUUUAUGACCGUGAGACAGGACGCUCCCGUGGUUUCGGGUUUGUUACAAUGUCCAACGAGACCGAACUCAACGACGCCAUCGCUGCCCUUGACGGACAGAAUAUGGACGGGAGAGCGAUCAGAGUGAACGUGGCGGAGGAACGAAGCAGGCGUGGGUUUUGAUGAAAAGCUUUAAAGAUCAAUGUGUGUCUGAAUCUCUUUUUAUUUUCCCUUAGAUGAGAUUUACAGUCUUUUGACAAUUUUUUUAUUUUGGUCUGAAAACUGAAAAUCCGACUGCACGUCAUUCUCUUGCUCCCAAAAUGUUGAGGCUUUUCAAGUGAUUUGUACACCUUGAUGUAUCUGUGUUCUCUUGUUUAUGCUUUCUCCAAGCCCACUGGAGAUAUAUUCUAGUAUAUGCAUGGUUCGGUUUUUA